UCUAACAUUUUUCUGUUUUGUUCUGAUUAGCAAGCAAAUAAACAAAAUUAAUUUAGUGAAAUAAAUUUAAAAAAUCACACAAUGGAGGAUGUUAUGGAAGAACCAUCUCAUAUGGAAGUAGAGCAAGAUGAUGAGCUGUACUACCGAACAUUGGAAGAUGUGAAAGGCAUCAUUAAACAUGCGAAGCUUGAUGAACGAAAUUUAACCCAUAUUACACAGGCCAUUUAUUACCCUUCUGCUGAAAUUAUAAGCGAUAACCUCAAACUUUUGGAACUGGAUGAUCACAUGAUCAAACAAAUACACGAGGGUAAAUCUUUAUUUUUCAAAGGUGGUCAUAAUGAAAAAGUUGUUCUCUGUACUGAUGAAAAGACAUACGACAUUAAAGCGGCAGAAAUAUCGAAUAGCCUUCUUUUAGUACCGGAGCUAAAAUAUGCCGCUGCCACCAGCACAUCACCUUUGAAAAGUCCACGUACCGGUAAUAAUACAUCUUUGGAGCGUAGCUUAAACGAUAGUGCCGAUGAUGACUUACUUAUGGAGCGUACUCUGGAACAGAAAAAAAUUUUGAAAAUAUUCCAUGAAUACUUUGAAUGUCGUGAAAUACGUCCAAGAUUUCGUAAGCUGGGAGAUCUUUUGCAAUUGACACGUUAUGCAGGUCCAGAACAUGAAGAGUUCAUAGACCGCAAAUUACUUUUUACCUUCGAUCAACUAUUGGACACCAUACAAUGCAGUCGUAAACAAUUUCUGGAAGGUCUCAAGCAAUAUCGAGCUAUGGAGUUUGAGGGUUGGAUGCGUGUUUUAGAAUGUGAAUAUGAAUAUCGUAUUGUAAAUUUAAUGGUGGGCAUAAUAUCGGAAAACUCUUGGCCCUUGGAUGAAGUUGAGCGUGAAGAGACCAUAAAUGCCUUAGAGGGCAUUGCGCCUAAGCAAAUUGUAGAGGGUUUAUUCGACUUGUAUACAAUUGCAACGGAAGGCAAAGAAAAUCGUUUUACAUAUAAAGAAGAACUGGUGGCUCGCAUUGUGGCGCAAAAUAUUUUGCAGCCUGGUUUAAAAUUUAGAGUAGAUGAAUUUCUAAGCACAUGGCAAGAAGCUGUACCCGAAGGCAUGAAAUGCGAUGAAAAAUAUCUCAGAGGCUUGGGCAUAUUUGAUAAAGAAGGUGCGGUGCCCUGCAUACGCUCGCUGGCCGAGGAUAAUCUUCCUUUAAAUAUACAUGAUCGCAUGCGAUUAUUGUUUAAAACUAAAUCAAAAUGGACUUUAGAGGAAAUAGAGCCUUACAUAGAAUGUUUUACCACACCAGUGCUUUCCGUAUCCACCCUAAUGGCCAAACACGCCCGUUCCCUAAUGGAGAAUGGAGUUCGUUAUUACGUUACUAAACAUUGAGCUUUUUUCAUAUCCUCAAUGGCUUCUUGCAUAGCUUUUACGGCACUAUUGGGUUUCUCAGCGUUAGCAGCAACUUUUGGCCCACUAGAUAUUUCAGGCAUUUGUAGACCUCCGCUAGCAGUUGGGUAUCUAAAAAAUCCUCUGGGAAAUAUGGGCUUAGCCAAUAAUGAUUUCAAUUGAUGCCUGACAUUGGCCAAAUGUAUGCGAUUACGCCGUUUCUCUAUGAUAAAAGCAUCCUCAUCCUGAUCACUGCCA